UAAAAUAAUCUAAAUAAAUAAAUUUAUGUUCAAAAAGUAGACUACAGGUGAAAGAAUAUUUUUAGUUAAGUUGUGUAAAUCAACACACCAAUAAGUGAAAAGCAAUGCCCUCUCUGCCAACCCCUGAAAAGAAGGGCAAACUGUCAAGGCUGCGUACAUUUUGUCGUUAUCGAUUGCAAUUCCAGGCGAUAUCAUCAGCUUCUGCUUUUUUCUUUGCUGGUGGCUUGAAGUUGGGGUGGUCUGUAUUUGAAAGACCAACGGUCAAUUCACAAAAGUUAAUAGCUACUCACCUCCUGACGAUUGCAUGGUUUGUGGGCGUAGCUGCUGGAUCAGUUUUAGCAUCAGCAUUUGUACAACGCGUUAGCAAAAACUUAGCUCAUUACUUGAGCGGCGUGUUUCUUGUGCUUGGCGGUAUACUCUUUAUCUGCGCCCCCACUACAUUCGCCUCCCUCCUCUGUAGCUGUCUGCUGGAAGGCUGUGCUUAUGGCAUCAAUCAAAUACAAGGCAUUGUGACAGCCGGUGAGGUAGCACACAAACACAUUCGCGGUUUGUUGGUUUCCAGUGAACGCAUUUUCCUUUGGCUGGGCAUCUGUCUACAACUGCUCUGCACACGCCUGUGGUUCUCAAUGGAACCGGACAACGGUUAUGCGCUGCACGUAAACCAAUUACACGGCUUUGUGGUAAUUCUCAUUGCAUUGGCUGCUCUGGUCCUCAACAUUACGUACCGCUUCGAAUCGCCUUUGCUGCUGCAGAUGCAGCAACGCGAUUUGGCCGCCACAUACGUAAUGAAACGUUUGCAGGAUGCAACUUAUCCCUGCUUAGAGAUAGUACAGAAACGUAAGGAAUGCAAACAGUUGGUGGAAUAUGAUGCUGGUCAGACAGUGUGGAUGGUAAUGCGCAAAAGCAAUGCGUUGCCUUUGCUCAAGCUGCUCCUGUUGCGCUGUUAUGGAACUAUUUCGCUCUCGUUGCCCGUCAAUCGCACCUUUAUCACCGCGAGUGUAACUGGCUUGAAAUGUACCAUAAACUGUGUUUAUCUAUUGGCGAUUUGCGGUGUAUUGGGCAGCAUAUUGGGCGCAUUGUGUGUGGACAAAUAUGGACGGCGAAAUAUCGCGGUUAUAUCUCUGUUGUUUUCUGGGACCUGUGCCUUUCUUAUAGGUGGCAUUCUCCACUACAUCUACGAACAAAUUUCUACUAUUUUAUUGACGCAUCUAACAUUCGAAUUGGUAGUCUACUUGAUGUUCUGUUAUCAAAUUUUCGUAUGCGCUGGCGUUUCAAUAGCCUCGAGUGUUUACAUGUCGGAAGCAUUCACGGUUGCUAUGAAAGCUAAAUGUUUGGCAGCGGUGGUGGUGUGUGAGCAAGCUUUACAAAUAGCACUGGCAUUAAUACUAUUUUACGUCGACUUCAAUGAGCCGCUAUUCUUCUUCUUCAUAGGGGUAGUUGGCAUGGUUAUGGGUAUAUUAGCAUUAUUUUUCUUGCCCGAAACAAUGUGCAUGUCGCUGUACGAAAGUUUAGUGAAAUUUAACAAAGUUCCUUCAUAGGUUUAAGUUAAUUUAUAAUUAAUAAAAUCGAAUUUAUGCAAAUAUAAAUAGACGAAGACAUUUAAGUAUAAUUCGUAAGCGAAUGAUCGAGCUUCGGCUCCAGCUGCGGCCACAGAAACUACGUUUUAUUUCGAUUCAGCUUCGUAAAACAAAAAGCCGAAUUAUUUUGUUUUUUUUUUUUGCCGAAAAUUGUGGAAAGGUUUAGUGUUUGUAAAAUUUUUUUAAUAGCGGUGUCAAAGUCCACAUUUUCUGAUGGAAAGCCCAUUCGUGUGUGGCUAGUGAGGUAAGCGAUAUACCGAUAGCGGAUGCCGCUAGAAAGCUGAAAUACCGAUAAUCUAUGGCCUUUGCUUUACAAUGCAAAAUUAUUGAACUAUGAAUAUUAAGUAUUAAAUAAUUAUUACAUGUACAUAUACA